GUGCUCAAGAGCUUGGAGCGCGCGGGAAAGAGAACCAUUUAAACUGUGGCGGGAACGUCAUUUUCGGGUUCUUGUCCAGUUAAGACAUCCGCAGCUGGGGCGUCGGUGCGAGUUGUCUCUUGCUGUGGGAACAUGGUGCGGACCAAAGCAAACUACGUCCCAGGAGCCUACAGAAAAGUGGUGGCUUCUCGAGCCCCUAGGAAGGUGCUUGGCUCCUCCACCUUUGUCACCAAUUCUGCAUCGUGUUCAUCGAGAAAAGCUGAAAAUAAGUAUGCAGGAGGGAACCCAGUUUGUGUGCGCCCAACUCCGAAGUGGCAAAAAGGCAUCGGAGAGUUCUUCAGGCUGUCCCCCAAAGAUUCAGAAAAAGAGAACCAGCUUCCUCCUGAAGAAGCGGGGUGCAGUGGCUUAGGAACAGCAAAGAGAAAAGCACGUCCUUUGCAACCUGAUCACACAGAUGACGAAAAUGAAUAGAACUCAUUCUCCUGAAUAAUGCCUUCAGUUUACUUAGGUAUUCUGGGAUGUAAAUUUGGGUAGACGUGUUUGUUCAAUUGGCUUGUUGAACAGGCAUUCAGUUAAGGGGGGGGGGCGCUAAAAUUUCACCAUUCAAAAGCAACUGGCUAUGAAAAGGGAGAAUUUUUAUAAUUUGUAAAUUAUAAUUGCAUACUUGAAUUUAUAAUGUCAUAUGUUGCUUCUUUUACCUAUUAAGCUUCUUGCUAAAAUAAACAUUGCAUGAUGUUCUAAUUACUAAUCUAAGUCUUUGAGAUUUGCUUAGAUCUUUGUACUAAUACCAUUUUAUGGGCUGUAUUAUUAUGUGAAAUAGUGCUGUAUUAUUAUGGCUUGUUUGCUUUAAAAGUCGGCGUAGUUGUUUUCACAUUAAAAAAUUAGUAUUAAUUAAAUUUAAUCUCUUGUCAUUUCUCAAAAUGGGGGGGGGCAAAGAUAAAAUGUUGAAAAAGUUAGCUGUAUGCUUUUUAAGAAAUGUUAGCUGGGUGUGGUGGCACACACUUUUGAUCCCAGGUUUCUGGAGGCCAAGGCAGACGGAUCUCUGUGGUUGGAGGCCAGCCUCGUCUACAGAUACAGCCAGUUGUACAGAAAAACCCUAUCUCAAUAAAAGAAAACAGAAGAAAAUACUAAUAGAAUCAGGAACAAAGAUUCCAUAGAUACAUUAAAAGAAAAAUUUUUCUUUUUCUUUUUUUUUUUUUUUUAAGAAAGUUGGGGAGGAAAGGGUUUAUUUGGCUUACACUUCCAUGUCACUGUUCUUCAUUGGAGGAAGUCAGAGCAGGAACUCAAGCAUGGCAGAAACUAGAGGCAGAAGCUGAUACAGAGGCCAUGAAGAGGUGCUGCUUACUGGCUUGCUCUUUUUUUUUUAAUUUUUAAUUAUUUUAUGUGCAUUAGUGUUUUGCUUACAUGUAGGUUUGUGUGAGGGUGCUAGAUCUCCUGGAACCUGAAUUGUAGACUGUUGUGAGCUGCCAUGUGGGUGCUGGGAACUGAACCUGGGUCCUUUAGAAAGAGCAGUCAGGGUCUGGAGAGAUGGCUCAGAGGUUAAGAGCACUGGCUACUCUUCCAGAAGUCCUGAGUUCAAUUCCCAGCAACCACAUGAAGACUCACAACCAUCUAUAAUGGAAUAUGGUGCCCUCUUCUGGUGUGUGUAUACAUAAUAAAUAAAAAUU